AUGUCGCGCGCCGCCAGCGCCGCGACCUCGAUCUCCUUGCGCUGCCCGAUCUGCUGGGACACAUUCUGCUCGCCGGUGCUGACGCCCUGCGGGCACCGCUUUUGCGAGGCAUGCGUCAAGACCGCACUCACAGUCAAGAAGGAAUGCCCGUCGUGUCGCCAGCCGGUCAAGUCGCACCGCGCGCUUCGAGUGGACACGGCAUUCUUUGCAGCGACCGAGUCGAGCGGUGUGCGGUCGGCGGUGGCCGCCCCACUUCUUGACGAGUGCCUCGCCUCCUGCGAUGCCGAGUGGAAUUGCCGCGGCUGCACUUUGGCUAAUCCCGCGGCUGCCGAGCGCUGCGCGACGUACCGCGGCGAGGUGGCUUCCGUCAACAACGACGGCACCUUUGGCGUGGGGCGCACCUUUGGCGUGGCGUACGAGGACGGCGACGAGGAGGAGGCGGUGCCGCUGGCGGAGCUCUUUCAUCCAGCGGCUGAGGCUGGGAGGCCCGCCCACUCCGACGAGCAGAGGCUGACGGCGGCCCGAGAGAGAGCGAGGCGGCAGACGCCGACAGUGGGGUUUCGGCUCGCGGGACGCGUCUACAAGCAUGGGAAUAAGUACCGCGCGCGCCUGGACGUCCCGGGCGGGGAGGGGGAAGGGGGAGGGAAGUCCCGCUACGUCGGCAGCUUCGACACGGUCGAGGAGGCGGCAGCGGCGCGGGCUGCGGCCGCUGAGGAGCAGCGGCGGAGCGAUGAAGCUGCGCGCGCGCCCAGGCUGGCUCGGCAGGCGGAGGCGGCACGCCAGCAGGCCAUAAGCGAGGGGCUGCAGCUUGAGCCGUCGAGCUCGAACACGAGCACAGGCUUCCGCGGCGUGGUUGUGUAUGACGCGGGCAAGCGCUCACUCAGAACGUGCUACCGCGCUUACAAUGCCAUGCAUUGGCAACAUCGCGGGGCGGACGACCAUGCUGGCCAGAAUGCACAAUGGAUCUCGGGCACGUUUGAGACGCCGCGCGAUGGCCAAGAUCGCGAAGCAGGGGCAGGAUCGGAGGUUCAAAAGCUGUAA